CAUGGUCAGGAUUUGGCUCUCCCUCUGCUUUUGGGGAGGAGCUGCUCUGAGGCGCUGUGUUUGCAGAACUCUGGUGAGGGGUUAAGAGGGGAGAUACAGCAUUAGACUCAAACCUGGUCUGGAAAUGGAUAGAUCGUCGACCUCCAUGCAGUGCCAGGAGCUCCUCGUGCAGGGCCUGAGCUUGGCGAUGAUCUUCGGUGGAGUAUUGCACUUUAUAUGUCUCAUGAAGUCUCACGCUGCCUAUGGCCGCUACGUGGACACCUCGGGCAGCUCCAUGAUGGUGCCUGCAAGGCUAGCCUGGUUCCUUCAGGAGCUUCCAGCUCUGCUGGUUCCUCUGCUUUUGAUGCUGAUCACGGAUGGAAACGAUGGUAUCGGGAGACACCUGAUGCUCUGGACCUUCUGCCUGCACUACUUCCAAAGGAGCUGCAUCUACUCCCUGCUGACCAAAGGGCGGCCGUAUCCACUUAAUAUCAUGCUGUUAGGGAUGGUGUUUUGCUCUAUUAAUGGCUUCCUGCAGGCACACUAUCUGCUGCACUGUGCUACAUAUCACAACACGUGGUUCUCUGAUGCCUGUUUACUAGCCGGUUUGAUAAUAUUUUUCAUAGGAAUGGGAAUCAAUAUUCACAGUGACCACAUUCUUCGCAGCCUGAGAAAGCCUGGAGAAAUUUCCUAUAAAAUCCCAAGAGGCGGUUUGUUUGAGUAUGUGUCUGGAGCAAAUUUCUUUGGGGAGAUUGUAGAGUGGCUGGGCUACGCUGUUGCUACCUGGUCUUUACCCACAUUUGCUUUCGCUUUUUUCACAAUUUGCUUCAUAGGCCCAAGAGCCUAUCACCAUCACAGGUUCUAUAAAGAGAAGUUCAAAGAUUUCCCCAGAUCAAGAAAAUCUCUUAUACCCUUCAUUUUCUGAGGAGCCAUGACAGCUAAAUGGAGUUUUGUUCUGACAGAAGAAAAGAAUUCAUCUUCUUAAUUGCUAAAGUGUACACCUGUAUUUUAGGCUUGUUUUCAUAAUCUGAUUUAGCAUACAGUAUGCAGGAAAGACUCUACAGUUUAUGACUUUAACAUGUUACCAGAUUAUUUGUAAUGGUUUUGUAAUCCUGUAUGAUAAUGGCUUAAUCACAACAGGACACUUUACUACAGCAUACACUCUUAAAAAUAAAGGUGCUUUAAAAGGUUCUUCACAGAGAUGCCAUAGAAGAACCAUUUUUGGUUCCACAAAGAACCAUUCAGUCAAAGGUUCUUUAAAGAACCAUCUCUUUCUUACCUUUUUAUAAUCUGAAGAAUCUUCUUUCGCCACAAAGAACUUUUUGUGAAACAGAAAGGUUCUUCAGAUGUUAAAGGUUCUUUAUGGAACCAUUUAGACAAAAAAAGGUUCUUCUAUGGCAUUGUGAAACACCUUUAUUUUUAAGAGUGUAGACUUUUUUUUUUUAUCAUUUGUACAGUAUGUUAUUGCAGUUGUUAGUAUAUUUGUGUGUAGCUAUUUGUAAUUUUUAAAAUACUUUCUUCUAUUGCAGCUUAAUAUGUAGGGGAAACUGUAAGUAGGCUGAUUUGUCCAAAAAGUGUAAACACUGACUAUUACAACAUGAGCAUCUUAACUAGUUUGAUACAACAGGGUUGAUUAAGUUUGGGGUUGUGAUUAUCUGUUUGCUGAACAGUGAUGGACAGUGUGUUUAGUAAACCUGAAAAAUAGCCUAAUCAGAAAUUUGUUAUUAAAUGGUGGUGUUAUUAACAAUGCAUAUUUUUUUCAUAUUUAAAGUAAAAAAUAUGUAUAAUAAAUAGAAUGUUUAUGCUAAUCUUAAAAGUGGUUUUAAGAUAAUCGUAUUCAUCAAGGUAAGAAGAAGGUAAAUAAGAUAUUACUUUUAUAAAGAAAUGUCUGUUUUACCCACAUCUGGUUCUUAUUGCGUCACACGAAUA